GCUUGAGUUCAGGGACUACAGAAAGACAGAAAGUCGCAAGGAAACAUACCAAAAAUCAUCAGAUGUUCAACAUUAAAUGGUAUUAAAUAGCCUAGCUGGCACGCUGUGCAAGUUGGUCGCCUGAUAAGGAAUGGGAAUCACCACGAUCUACUUUCUUUUCACGCUUGGAAAUAAUGUCCUGUUGUGUUUGAGUUAUUCAGAGUUUAGCAGGAAAAAUGAAUGGCACUUUAACUCACAGAAUGCCAGCAGUUCUUGCAGCGCGAGGAGACACACCAUUCCCACGCUAUCAUACAAAAAGCUUAUUGAGACUUUCCCCCUUGAUGAAAUUGAUGGCAACUACGUCCGAACUGUAAAGAGAUGUGUCUUUUCCGAGUCAUCUCCAACUCCUUUAAAAGGUUCUUUGAAGUUAGCAGCAGUCUCAAAGGAGGCGCUGGAAACAAUGUUAGACCUGGAUGCAUCUGCAUUGCUUUCUGAGGACCUUGUCCUUUACCUCGGUGGAAGCAAGCUUUUCCCUAGCUCAGUCCCUCUUGCCCACAGAUAUGGAGGACAUCAGUUUGGCUAUUGGGCAGGUCAGCUGGGCGAUGGGAGAGCACAUUUGCUUGGUGAAUACACCAACAGAAAGGGCGAGACAUGGGAGCUUCAGCUGAAAGGAUCUGGGAAGACGCCCUAUUCAAGGUCAGGAGACGGGCGUGCUGUGGUGCGCUCCUCUGUGAGGGAGUUCCUGUGCAGUGAGGCCAUGCAUCACCUGGGGGUGCCCACCUCUAGGGCAGCCAGUCUUGUGGUGAGUGGGGAACCUGUGUGGAGAGACCCGUUCUACAACGGGACCGUGAAAAAGGAAAGAGGAGCUGUAGUUUUGCGUCUAGCCAAGUCUUGGUUCCGCAUAGGAUCCCUGGAGAUUCUGUCCAAAUCUGGAGAACUGGAUCUUCUGAGGAAAAUGUUGGACUUUGUUAUUGAGGAACAUUUUGCAUCAAUUAACAAAGAUGACCCAGAUAAAUAUGUGGCUUUCUUCUCCUCAGUUGUUAAUGAAACUGCUCACAUGGUAGCUCAGUGGAUGGCUGUUGGAUUUGCACAUGGUGUGGCAAAUACAGACAAUUUCAGUCUCCUGUCUAUCACUAUAGAUUAUGGACCAUUUGGCUUCAUGGAAGCCUAUAACCCAAAUUUUGUGCCCAAUACAUCUGACGACGAAGGGCGUUACAGUGUCGGAGCUCAGGCAAAUGUGGGCCUUUUUAAUCUGGAGAAACUUCUGGAAGCAUUGCAUCCUGUACUUAAUCCAAACCAGCGGUCAUGGGCAAAAGCCUUUCUAAAAGGCUAUCCUCAGAUAUACCAGAGAAGGUUUCAUGAGUUAUUCACGACCAAACUGGGUCUGAAGGGGCAGGAGGAGACUGAUGAUGGUUAUCUAAUUGCAUUUCUUCUGAAGAUGAUGGAGGAUACAGCUGCAGACUUCACCAUGACCUUCAGGCAGCUGAGUGAAGUUUCAGCCCAGCAGCUCCGCAGCGGGACCAUACCCAUGGAAAUGUGGGCUUUGCAAGACCUCUCAAGGCACAAGUUCUUCUCUGAAUGGGUGAAUAUGUACCUGCCAAGACUCCAAAGGGCACAUGCAUCAGAUGAAGCUCGACAACACAGUAUGAAAGGGGUCAAUCCAAGGUAUAUCUUGAGGAACUGGAUGGCAGAGUCUGCUAUUCGGAAAGCAGAGAAUGACGAUUUCUCUGAGGUGAGGUUGCUGCAGGAGGUUCUGUCCAGGCCUUACACAAAGCAGCCCAGGGCUGAGGAGCUUCACUACGCUUACAGACCUCCUCACUGGGCACACGGCCUCAAGGUCAGCUGCUCCUCCUGAAGGACAUCUCAAGGUCAGAUGCUCCUCCUGAAGGACACCUCAAGGUCAAAGAGGCUUGAGUUGAACUGCCAUCUAGCAGAUAUUGGAGGAUAUAUGUGUCCAAUAGAAGCACUUUCUAAAUUAUAGCAAAUACCUUGUUGUACAAGAUAGUCAUUCCAUUUAACAUGCCCUUGGAUUCUAAGUAUCCACUAAAAAUCCCACUUUUUAUUUAGUUUUUUUGUUGCCAUACUUUGUACGCAAUGUGGAGAUUUUUUUUAUAGACAUUUUCACACACUGAUAGAAAUAUUAACAGUUGAAAAGUGGAAAAUGUGCUGUAAAUGUGUCUCCCUUUGAAGAGUUUUUUUCCAAAACACAAUAAAUACAACUUCCAUAAAUAUUUCCAUAUC